GCCAGACGCAUCGUCAGCGAGCUAGAUGCUCUAUUGAACGAGCACAACUAAUUGUUGAAAAUAUUCAAAUCACAUAUGCACCAAUUACAAAGCGAUAAUCACGCUAUCGUCAUUAAUCCUGAUAAAACACCGGCUGGAGAGCAUAUUCGUAGAUUCAAUGCACCAGUUGUUGAUGAUGUUGCUGGAAUCAUGGUUGGCGAUUGUACAGCUGCACGAGAAAUUGUGAUUCGUAGAAGAAAUAAUCUUCAGUUCAUUACUGACACACAUCGUUCAUAUGACGCUCUCCAAUAUCCGCUAAUAUUCUUAAAGGGACAAGACGGAUAUUGCAUAAACAUAAAACAACGAGAUCCCGUAUCAGGAGCUGAAACAAACAAGAACGUUAGCUCAAAGGAUUAUUAUGCGUACCGAUUAAUGAUUAGGCGUGGCCUGGACAACGUCAUUCUACGAUGUCGUGAGCUUUGUCAACAAUUCAUGGUCGACAUGUACGCGAAGAUUGAGAGCGAACGACUACGAUACUUACGAUAUAAUCAACUAAAGCUGCGCGCGGAAGAAUACAUUCAUUUGCGAGACGCUAUCACAACAACGCCGACGUCGCCGAAAUUGGUAACCAUGUCAUUUUACCAUCAUCGUACGUAGGAAGUCCACGUCAUAUGCAAGAAUAUAUACAGGAUGGUUUGACAUUCGUGCGCGAAUAUGGACGACCAUGUUUAUUUAUCACGUUCACAUGUAAUCCAAAAUGGCCAGAGAUUGCAUCUUUGCUACUGCCUGGCCAAAAUGCAAUACAUCGCCAUGACAUUACAGCACGUGUGUUCAGACAAAAGUUGAAGUCUUUAAUAAGUUUCAUUACUAAAUUACAUGUAUUCGGUCCCACACGUUGCUGGCUGUAUUCGGUUGAGUGGCAAAAGCGAGGAUUACCUCAUGCACACAUUUUGGUAUGGUUAAUUGACAAAAUCCGUCCUGAAGAAAUCGAUAGUAUCAUUUCUGCGGAAAUUCCAGAUCCAUCCACUGACCAACUGCUGUUUGAUAUUGUUACAACAAACAUGAUUCAUGGUCCAUGUGGUACUCUUAACAGUUCAUCGCCUUGCAUGGCAAAUGGAAAAUGUACUAAAAAUUUCCCUAAAGAUUUUACCAAUGAUACGGUCACAAAUGUCGACGGAUACCCAAUAUAUCGUCGAAGAAAUCCUGAUAAUGGCGGACAAUCAUUUAUUAAAAAUAUCAUCAACACAGACAUUGAUAUUGACAAUCGUUGGGUGGUGCCAUAUUCGCCUCUGCUGAGCAAGACAUAUAAUGCUCAUAUUAAUGUUGAGUUCUGCAGUUCUGUGAAGAGCAUCAAAUACAUUUGCAAGUAUGUCCAUAAAGGCAGUGAUAUGGCUGUGUUUAGAGUGGAAAAUACUAAUGUGAAUGCUCCUCCAGUGAAUAAAAACAAUGAAAUAACGCUCUACCAAAUUGGUCGGUACAUCAGCUCCAAUGAAGCUGCUUGGCGUAUCUUUGGUUUUCCAAUUCAUGAACGGGAUCCAGCAGCCGUCCAUCUUGAAAACGGUCAGCGUGUAUUUUUCACUAACAAGACAGCGAUUGAUCGUGCAAUAAAUCCACCUAAAACUACACUCAUUGCAUUUUUUGAAUUGUGUAAUCGUGCGGAUGAUUUUGUGUCUUUGCACGAACAUUACUCUAUUCACAAGUACCACGCUAUUUCUCAUGGACUCAAACAAAAACAUGGAUGCCCCGCAAGCAAGGCUCACCAGUUGCUGCAUGUCUCAAUUUAUUUAAAUCAAACGCCUUGGGGCGAUUAUUUACAGUCAAUCCAAGACACAUUGAGUGCACCGUGCAACGCGAUUAGUCAUUCAAAAAUUAAUGAAAAACGUGAUCGAAGCCAGCAUUUUAAAUGGCAAGUUCAGAGGUGAAAAUAUACUAAUACCACGGAUUCGGAACAAAUCUCAAGGUCAAACGAUGUCUAUUUGUGGCUUAGAUUUGAGAACACCAUGUUUUUCACACGGACAAUUAUACGUGGCAUGCUCUCGAGUGGGUAAACCAUCCAGUUUGUUUGUGUUAGCUGAAGAUGGACUAACAAUAAAUAUUGUUCACGCUACAGUAUUAAGAGAUUGAUAUUGUUUGUUAGUGUUACUGUCGUAAUUGUUUAACUAAUGAUAUAUAAUUUUAAGGA